AUGUGGGAUUCCAGCAAGCACUUGUGUUCCCCUGAACAGCCCAGGACCAACUCCCUGGGUCCCAGGGACAGGAGGCAGAGGAAAAACCACACCAACAAACUGCAAGAGCUGGCAUUGCUGCUACCUGUGGCCCUGAUGGCCGGUACCAAGAAGCUCACCAAGAAGGACAUCCUGCUGCACAUCCUGCACUAUAUUCACUACCUCCAGAGAAACAUCGAUGCGGCCAAGGCCUUGCUUGAAUUCCACACCACCAACGGGCACGGUGGACUGGAGGGGCUGGGUUGGAAGCCGGCCGCAGGCCCAGCAGAGUGGAGACACUCCACCCCGUCCAGCAACCCACACUCUCAUGAGUCCCAUCUUUGGGGAGGCUGCCAGAAACCUCGGAAGAAGAAGCUGGCCCAAGCAUCAGAACGCCAGACCCGGGCCCAGAACCCUCGUCGCUGUCUGGCCCUGGACAAGCCUGAGAAGCAGGUGACCCCAUCCCCAGACCAGAGAGGAGGAAACAUGGUGGGAACCAUCACCCCUCCAAGACGCCUCGACUCCUGCAGUCACCCCAAGGCUGUGUCAUCACCAUCUCAAGGUGACAGAAAGGGAGGAAGAUCCUGGCUGACACUGCUGCAUAUGGCUGAGAACAGCGUCCACUGUGACAUCCCAACUUCUGAUAGGGAUGUGGGAUUCCAGAAACCUGUGGGCUGCUGUUGCAAAAACAGUGCCCAGGAUGCGGGGCCUUACCCUGCCUUCGAGGCCCAGCAAGGGGUUGAGAGGAUCCAUUUUCUCAACAGGACCCAGCCCCGUCCCAGGCAGAAGCUGGAGUUGUGCGAAUACAGCGAGGAGGUGGACAAGGAGUCCCCAGAUGCUGACCCUUGGCUUCCUGCCUGGACCCCAAAGGGCGGCACCCAUGGGAGCCCACUCGCCUUGGGGCCUCCCCAGGUUGACAACUGGAAUGUGACAGGCUACCGGAGCGAGAUCCUAGGGCUCAGCCCCUCCCUCUUCAGGUCCCCGGGGAAACUGCUGCCAGAACAGAUCCUGGAGGAUGGCACCGAGUACCUGACCCAAGCUCUCUUUGAAGAAGUAGUCUUAGAUGCUGUGUCUUCACCUUCUGCCUGCACGCUUGAGGGACCACAGAAGAAGGACACACCCCCUGAGGCCCCCGAAGACCUUCCUGACUCCCACAGCCAGUGCCGGUCCUUGGUCUCGCUGGACCACUGCUACCUGUCGCUGAGUGAGAACAGCAAGGUGCCGUCCAGCCCCAGCUCGGAGGACACGGACACAGACUCGGUGUGGAGGCAGCAGGAGGAUGCUCAGGCCAACCUCGAGGGCCUGCAAUCCUCCAGCGAUGAGGAUGAGGACUGUACGUGGCCCCCCACCUGGCAGGCCUCGGCCCUGCCCGCAGCCGGGAGGAAGGCCCGCGGGGGCAGGGCGGGCAGGGGCCUGGUGAAGCCCAAGGAGAGCAAGCAAGCCCCCUGCCCCACCCAGAUGAAGAAGAAGUGUGUCAACGGCUUCAUCAUGUUCUGCAGGAUGAACCGGAAGCAGUACAUCAGAGCCUGCCCUGGGAUCGCAUCCACGUCUGCCACCAAGGAGCUGGCCCAACUCUGGCGGGUGAUGACCCUGAAGGAGCGGAGACCAUACUGCGCCAAAGCGCGCAGGUUCAGCCGCCGGCACAACCGGAUCGUGAAGAAGGACAGCUCCAGCAGCGAGGACGAGGACUGGGAGACCCCCAAGCCCUUCUACCAGCUGCUGGCUGAGAAGGCCCGCAGCUCCGCAGGCCCCGCCUCUCUGCCGCCCCCUCACCGCGCGUGA